AUGGCCGACGACAUCGAUUCCAUUGUCAAAGGCGCUCCCGUCCGAGCGGCAAACAUCAAGAGCAGCUCGGGACCGACCCCAAUCGCACCCGCCGGCGGCAAGCUGGGCGACCCCCUCAACCACGCGCCCAGCUCACCAUCCAUGGUUUACCUGAACCUCCUCAUUCUCGAGGCCUCUCUACGAGCGCAGUUUCUCGAACUCAGAGCGAGGAGACGCCACCACACCUUCUUCUUGGCGCUGCUGACGCUAUGGGUCGCCUUCUUUGGCUACAAGCUGUACUUUGCCCCCCGGGAGGACGGCCGCGGCGUCGGAGGCUCCAUCUAUUGGGCAUUGGAAGGUGCCCAAAAGGUGUGUUUUAUGGGCGGCAUCAUCACGGCCAUUUUGGUCUGGGCAACGGGCAUCUGGGACCGCGGCGUGCGUUGGCCGCGGCGGUGGUUCGCCAUAUCAAACAGGGGCCUGCGCGGCUUCAACUGCAAGCUUGUCAUAAUACGCCGUCCGUGGUGGGCCGAGGCUCUGUCCACAAUUGGCUUCUUCCUGACAUACGGCUUGUUUUCGCACACGGCAAGCUCAUCGUACCGCCAUGUCGAGCCCUGGUUGAUGCGGGAGACGGAAAAGGAACUCCAGCUGCCUGGUGAAGGCCACCCCAUGCUGGUGCUGCCACACGAUGACGAGGAAAGGGGUGGGCACGAGGAGGACCUGGCUCCCGGAGGUGACUACGUCAAGCUCCUCCUGCUACCCAAGCCAUUCUCGCCGACCUUUCGGGAAAACUGGGAACUGUAUCGCACCGAAUACUGGGAGAGGGAAAACGAGCGGCGAGCACGAUUACGCAAAAAGGUCAAGGAGCAUGACCGCAACAUGGCCAAGCAGGCGUACGGUUGGUUGUGGUGGCUGCCAUGGAGGCAGACUCCGCAGCGCAGGCCACAGUCACACAAGGCUCUCCAUCGCCACUCCAGCAGCGAGAAAGUGCGAAGGGCCCGCGGCGGCAGCGUUCACCGCCCAUCUACGAGCUCCUCCCGAAGCCAAACACCUACCUUGGACCUGGACGAUGGCCAGCUGAGCCGCCGCCCUAGCUCUGCUUCAGAAAAGCGCCGGAAGAAGCCGACGUCCAUUUCCAUGUCCAAGCCGAAACGGUCCGGGACAGACUCCCGCUCUGUAACCCCUGAAGCACCGUCACCCUUGACAAAGGAGGCUACCGUUUUCUCUGAUGGGGAUCCCACUGAAGGUAGUGGACGGGUUUUGCGCAGUGCGGGACAAAAGCCUGGGAGGGCCUCUCCAGAACCGGGGAAGCCGGGUUCAUAG